AUGGAUCAGUCCCAUGUUCAAACGUUUGCUGUGAAAUCACCAGCGGGUAAUUUCAAAGCACCUGUCUCAUCGACUUUUACCGCAGGGAAUUUCUUUCGACUAAUUCUUACCGAUGCUAACAAUAAUAUCAUCUCCGAUGCAAAUAUUUCUUCUGAAGGCACAAAUAGCAAUGGACACAAUGAAUUUCGUGAAGAUCGAGCAAGCAACAGUCCCAAAAAUGCUUCCGCUCAAAUUUUCCGGAUGAAAAAAAAGAACGGUUCGGAUGAAAAAUACGACCGCUGCGAAGAGAGCUCAAGUGAGUCUUCGCCCAAAAGAGGAAAAUUUGUACGUUUUGAGGAUUAA